AAUUGGAUCCAGCGGAGCACACAAAAGAACGCUGGUGGCGGGGAAAGAAGAGCUGAACUUCGAAGAUCUGCAAGAAGGCAAAAGUAAGUUCCUGGCGGUUUUAUAGAGCGGUUUUCACUUGACUGUCGAAAGGGAUUGGUUUUGGUUUUGGUUUUGGUUUUGGUUUUACUACGCCCUUUGGUUGGCUAGUGUAUUUACUUUGGUUUUGGUUUUACGACAGUCAAGUGAAAACCGCUCUAACCGGCAAGAACAAGUCCUCAACCAAAAAUCGCCAAAAGUUAUAGAUCGCUUCGUCUUCUAUUAUCUUGCCGUUGAUAACGCGGAUCAAACAGCAGAUAACAAGCACACAGGCAGCAUGAUUUUUCCUUUCUUUCUUCUGGCGAGUAAAACCGACAAGCCGUUGGGAGAUGAUACUUUUCAGAACCAGUCAGUAAAACUCAUCUGCUGA